AUGGUUGCCGCUACGAUUCCUUCCCCAACAGACGUUGGCGCUUUGGCCAACAGAAUUAAUUUCCACACACGAGACCAACACAAUAAGAUCGAUAAGCAGAUGAGUAUGAAAUUCGCGUUUGCUAUGAAACACGGGUUCAUUUACAGACAAGGAGUGUUGGCAUUUUAUUACGUGUUCGACGCGAUCGAACAGGAGAUCGACAGGCUGCUUCAGGAUGCUGUGACGACCGAGGAGCUGCAGACACGCGAUAUCCUGAGGCAGUUUUGGUGCGACGAGUUCAGACGCAGUGCACGGAUCUUCAAGGAUCUAGAGCUGCUCUAUGCCAGAGAGUACCCCACUAGCGAAAGUCUUAAUGAGUUCCUCAACGAGCACAAGCUGCCCGCAGAGCAACAAGCGUUCGUAGACUACGUGCACAAUGGAAUCCGCGAGCAGCCCACGAGUGUGCUGGCGUACUGCCACGUGCUGUACCUAGCGCUAUUUGCAGGCGGGCGUGUGAUGCGCUCGACCAUAUACCGCCACACCGGGUUGUUCCCCAAGUUUCCGGAUCUCACGCCGCAGGAAGUGGUUCACAGAGGUACCAACUUCUUCACUUUCAGCGACGAGGGUGUGGAGGCCGAAAACAAGCUCCGGUGGGAGUAUAAGCGUGGUUACGAGCUUGCAACGCGCACGGGUCUUUCAGAGGAGCAGAAAUUGCACAUCCUGGACGUGGCCAACGACAUUUUCGACUGGAACAUGCGUGUCAUUCAAGAGAUUGGUGAGAUCAACCGCCAAGAACUCAUGGGCAAGAUGAGCUUCCGGUUGCUCUCGUUCGCACUUGAGGAGUGGAAAUACACCAACAAGCUGUCGAAGCAGCAAAAGACGCUCGUGCUGGCCGUGGGCGCGGCUUUGCAGUUCCUAAUACUGUACUGGUUUGUUCGCAGGUUGCUAUGA